GCUGUAAACACAUAUAUUUCACCAACAAAUGCAAUGUUAGAAAUAUCCAGCAUCAAGUAUAGUUUUACAAGUACUUCAAUGACAUCUAUAGUACCAUCAAAAACCGACACAUAUCGAGCGGCUUCAGAAUCAUCGUUUCAUAGUUCUGUGUUAUCAUCGCAACGAACAGAAAUGGAUGGAAUUUCAACAGCAGCGGUACUUGCUUCUUCAAUAGUCACGCCAAUACCUCAACAGAUAUCGCCGACGCCAUCGUUUAUUACACAGAAAUAUAGUUCUGAAACAGAUCUGGUGGUCGCCGUAGCUGUGGUUGGUGCCAUAGCAGCAUUUUCCCUAGCUGCUGCAGGAGUUAUGUUUGUGUACAUGAAAAGAUCACUGAGCAACCUGAAGAAAAUUGUAAACAGAACGACCACAUUCACUGACGAUCCUCCACAUCUGAGCGGAGACAGUUCUCUGGAGGGCUUUGAUGAGACUCUACAAAGAACCAACACCUACAGUGAUUUACAGGAGACAAGUUUUUGUCCAAGAGCAAUAAGGUCCGAUUUUCGUAGUCACAGAUACAGGCCACCGUUUUUGUUCAAUAACAGACCAGCCAUGGAAAAUGAAUAUGUACUGUACUAACUUAAAGAUAGAACUACUGUUUUCUGUUACAUGUAUAAGUCAAAACAUUUAGUCUAAUUAUCCAAACUACCGCGAGGUAAUUUAUAAUCUUAAUAUACCAGACGAGUUAGUAAACAUGAAAAUAGAGGUAUAUAUUAAUAAUAUACCUUAGACGUAAGUCACUAAAAUCAAUAUGUAUAAUAUGUUAUCAGAUAUCUUUAAAUAUCAAAGGACUGUCACUUCAUGGACAAAACCUUUUGUAUUGGCAGUACACAUUUCAUCAUUUAAUUUCCUUUAAACAAAAGGUCAUGUUUAUUCUCUAUAUAUUGUCAUUAGGGUUAUGUAAUUCUUUUACAAAGAGUAAUAUGCAUACAGUUGUUACAUCAGCCUACCCGUAUAUAAGUAUGAAAAUUUGUAAAGGCAUGAAACCUUAUUUUAGGCAGGACCCGUACAUUCAAUCAGGGCUGUUAUAUUUCGAUCUUCUCAGAUAGUUCAGCACGACUUUUAUGUCGUGUUAUUGGUACUGUUUAGUUUCUCAACAUGACCAUUUCGGCCUGGGUGGUUCCAAUACUCCCGCUUUCAUAGCCUUGGGUAUUGUAUAAUCACCCUUUGGAUAUGGUGCCUGCUUUUUAAUUUUGUCUUUUGACAGUUCCUGUGAUACGCAGGCUCCAUAACCUCAGAUCCCCUUCCUAAAUUCCAGUUUGUUUAGUUCUGCCCAUUGUUUUCUCGUUUGGGGCAAACCCACUAUUUUAUCUGGGGACCAAACGCCGCUCUUCAUGGAAUUACACGCCUCAACACGUGUAUCAUUGAAGGUUCCAUGUUCACCGCCGUUUGAAUACAUCUGCGGAUGUCUCUAAACUGCUUUUUGUACUUUUAGCAUGUGUAAAUGUUGAGUUCUGCUCAACCCGGGGCUAGAGGGCGUGGACGGUAGCAUGCAUUUCCACUACCGUCCAUGAACAGGCUCAAUCAAACCGUGCCUGCAACAUUUUCGUUUUUGUCGUGUUGAGUGACCUGCGAAUGUUCCAUUUUUUUCUAUUUUAUAAGUAUGAUGAAUCGUUGAUAGAUAAAUUUGACAAAUAGAACAUGUUUACCAAUUGAUACUGUUUCUGCACAUACCACAAUACCAGUAGUUUUCACUUUUGCAGAUUUUAUUAUCAUAGUAUUGUGGGUUUUUUUUGUUUCGAUCAAACUCAAAUUUACUGAAAAUAUUUUGGGGAAAUAAUCUUAUUAUCAGUAGUGAGUUCAUAACAUGAAUCUAUUUGUUUCUACCUGAAAUUAGCCUAGUACUUGAAAACUUAAUUUAAGCAAUUCACAUUCAGAUAAGAGAUGUUCAGAUUUUAUAUAUCUAGUAUAUAUACUAAAGGUGACUCAUGAAAUGGAACACUUCCUUAUUUAUGUAUAUAGUUUUUAUCAGCGGGUUACCGUUGACUGGUUGAAUUGCUGAUCCAACAGAUGAGACAGGGCAUUAUUUAAAUAAAGAUAACACAGGCUUAUUAGUGAUUGCAGCUUAGUGCAGUUAAAGUUAACCCAGUUACUUUUGAUAAAUAGUAUGCAAGUCAUGAUGAUGUGUUUUGAAGACGGGUAUUUGCAGUAUGAAGAAAAACGUCUUGGUCAAAAUGGUUAGGCUGAAUAUUACGUUAUUACACUUAGUUUAAUUAAAGCCGCUACAGAUACUAGUAACCCAUAUGGGCGACACUCACAGAAAGGUGUAAGAGUGUUAGUAAUAUUUAAUGAGAGUGGAGAGCAAGAAGAUGUUUCAGUUCAGGAGGUUUCUCUUGUAGGUGUAAAACACCCGUACAUGGGUAUCUUAUCCGAAUAUUAGAAUUGUUCGAA